UGCUGGAAGGCGAUAAUUGUUAAUUUGUCUAAUGACGUAAAUUAUUGCCGAAGUUAUCUGGGCACGAUUUGAUUCGUCCGUUCAUAUGGAAUUUUGCUUCCGGAUUUAGAUUUUGGAUCCACCCGUUCGAAGCCCUUUCGUAUGUUCACGCAAUAACGCGACCAUUUCAGCUGCUGGCUUCUUGGGCGAAGUUUUGAAUUUUGAAAUUCGGAAGCUUUCGAGAUUUGGUUUCUUCGUCGCGGAAAAAAAUUGGUUUCUUUCCCGGUGAUUGUCCCUGCCGAGCUGAAGGGUUGGUUUACUUUGGGUUUCGUUUUCUUUCUAUCUGAAAAAUCGACCUAGAAACCGCAGAGAUGUCUAUCGAAUUCGAUUGGAGUUAGGUGAUGGGGAUGGGGAUGGUUAAGGAAAGGUGAUCAUGGCGAACUUUUUGGUGGGAUUCCUGUUGCCUUCGCUGCUUUUGGCAGCUGCACUUAUUAACUGGAGUUUGAUCUCCUUUGUUAAUUUGUUAGCUUUUCUCCUCGUUCACUAUAUUGCUCCUGAAAUCGGAUACCGUUUUCAGAGGAGGCUCUGGCUAUUAUGGCCCAUUAUCAUCUUUUCCUUUGCCGUGAUUCUAGCUCAAGUGGUAUACCUUGUUAUAUGGGCUGCAGCAGGUCAAGAGUGGAGUACAGCAGAUACUGGCUGGGCGAGAGUCAUUGGCCUUAUGAUAUUACACUCUUGGAGCCACCCAACUGUAAUAUUAUUCCUGGUUUUGCAAUUAUUAACUCUGCUUGUUGCCCUAGCUGACAUAUACAGUAGUAGAUUCGGUUUUUUUCGAUGGCGGGACACAUUCUGGUCUGAGUUUUCAGGAAUUUUUGAACAGCUAGGAAGUCAUCUUAGGGUUGCGUCUUGUUUGCUGCUUCCUGCUGUUCAAUUGGCUGCAGGAAUAAGCAAUCCGUCAUGGGUUUCUCUGCCAUUUUUUAUUGGCAGUUGUGUUGGACUUGUGGACUGGUCCUUGUCAAGCAACUUUUCAGGACUUUUCAGGGGGUGGAGAGUUCUUUAUAUCUAUGCAGGAUUCAACAUCGUCCUGCUGUACCUGUACCAGCUACCGACAAACUUUUCAGAUAUGAUUGGAUGGAUAGCGAGCUUCAUCGGUCUAUUCAAAACCUCUGCAGAAACUGAGGGCACUGAGAUCUGUUCUGGACUUUUUCUUGUGUUUUUCUUCAUCAUGAUAUCCUAUGUAAGGUCAGAUCUGGAAGACAUGGACUUUAUCAUGUCUAUGAGAGAAAGUAACUUGGCAGAGCGGCUUCUUCCUCCGAAGUAUCCUUUUUUCAUCCGUGAAUCAAGGUCUGGUGUGAGGCACACCAACGUUUUACUGAGGGGAGCAGUAUUUAGGACUUUCAGCAUCAAUUUUUUCACAUAUGGAUUUCCGGUCUCUCUGUUUGCUCUAUCAUUCUGGAGUUUUCAUUUUGCAAGUGUAUGUGCUUUUGGGCUCCUUGCGUAUGUUGGCUAUAUUAUCUAUGCCUUCCCAUCACUGUUCCGGAUGCAUAGAUUAAAUGGUCUGCUUCUUGUAUUUAUACUCUUAUGGGCUGUCAGUACAUACAUAUUCAAUGUGGCAUUUUCUUUUCUGAACGCUAAGGUUGGAAAGGACAUGGAGAUUUGGGAGAUGGUGGGACUUUGGCAUUAUCCAAUACCUGGAUUCUUUUUGCUUGCGCAAUUUGGUUUGGGGAUGUUGGUGGCCUUGGGCAAUCUUGUGAAUAACUCUGUUUUUCUUUACAUUUCGGAUGAGGGGUCCAGAUCUUUUGUCGACAGAUCUCAUGCUGAAGUUAAUGAAGAAACAAAGGUGUUGGUUGUUGCAACUAUUGCAUGGGGACUGCGCAAAUGUUCCCGGGCUAUUAUGCUUGCAUUAAUUUUCCUCAUUGCCAUGAAACCUGGGUUUGCCCAUGCUGUGUAUGUGAUUUUCUUUCUGAUGUAUCUAUUGAGUCACAACAUCGACAGAAAGAUACGCGAGUCCUUGAUUCUUCUAUGUGAAGUUCAUUUCGCACUUCUGUAUAUCCUUGAGAUUGAUCUGGUUGCAAACGCUCUGAAGCAAAAGGGCUCUAUAAGCAGAGAAAUUUUGUUUCAGUUAGGUCUCCUUAGAUCUGAAAGCUCUUGGGAUUUCUUAGAGAUAGCCUUACUUGCCUGCUUCUGUGCCAUCCACAAUCAUGGUUUUGAGAUGUUAUUUUCCUUCUCAGCAAUUGUACGCCACACACCAAGCCCUCCAAUCGGAUUUAGUAUACUGAAAGCUGGUCUGAACAAAUCAGUCCUUUUGUCUGUAUACACUUCACCAUCAUCAAGUUAUAGCCCGGAUCACACUUCUUAUGAGAGACGUAUUGCUUCAUUCUUGAGUGCAAUUGGGCAGAAAUUUCUUUCCAUGUACCGGUCGUGUGGAACUUACAUUGCUUUCAUCACAAUUCUCAUUAGCGUAUAUCUAGUCAAGCCCAACUAUAUAUCAUUCGGAUACGUUUUCCUUCUACUGUCCUGGAUUACGGGAAGACAACUGGUUGAGAGGACUAAGAGGCGCUUGUGGUUUCCUUUGAAAGCAUAUGCAGUUUUGGUGUUUGUGUUCAUAUAUUGCUUAAGUAGUUUCACAAGCUUCCAGAUAUGGUUAUCUAGAUUCGUCGAUCUCUACUUUUAUCUGGGUUAUGACUCCAAAGCACCAUUGGUGGAUAAUGUUUGGGAAUCGCUUGCCGUAUUGAUUGUGAUGCAACUUUAUAGCUAUGAAAGAAGGCAGAGUGGACAUAAUAACCCAGGUCAGUCCAGUCUGCUUCAUCCUGGACUUGUUGGUUUUUUCAGAAGGUUUCUGAUAUGGCAUGGUCAAAAGAUCUUGUUUGUUGCAUUGUUUUAUGCAUCCUUGUCCCCCAUUAGUGCGUUUGGAUUUGUAUAUCUAUUUGGACUUAUCAUCAGUUCAACCUUCCCAAAGUCUUCCUCAGUCCCAUCCAAGUCAUUUUUGGUUUAUACGGGAUUGCUAGUGACCGCUGAGUAUCUUUUCCAAAUGUGGGGUAUGCAAGCUGGGAUGUUUCCAGGGCAAAAAUAUGCUGAUUUGUCUUUCUUCUUGGGGCUUCGUGUAUAUGAACCUGGAUUUUGGGGGAUAGAAUCAGGCCUGCGAGGUAAAGUGCUGGUUGUUGCUGCGUGUACUCUACAGUACAAUAUUUCUCGUUGGCUGGAGAGAACACCGGGUUUUACUAACAGCAUAGGAAAAUAUGAAGAGCCUUGCCCCCUAUUUGUCUCUGCAGAAGACACUGUUGCAAGUGUUUCUAGCUCAACAGAUCAUGCUGCUAUCUCGGUGAAACAACGCGAGACAACAAGCAAAUCUUGUCCUUCAUUCUCUCCCACUGAUUCUCAGACAAGUGAUCAUUUGUUUCCAAAGACUGGAGACUCUGAAAGUAGUAAUUCUAGGAAGUUUUCAUUUGGAUACUUCUGGGGAAGCAUCAAGGAGAGCCAUAAAUGGAACAGAAGGAGAAUUCUCACAUUGAGGAAGGAGAGGUUUGAAACGCAGAUGAAUUUGUUGAAAAUUUACUUGAAAUUUUGGAUAGAGAAUAUGUUCAACCUCUUUGGUCUUGAGAUAAACAUGAUUGCACUGCUUCUCGCCAGUUUUGCUUUGCUGAAUGCCAUCUCCUUAAUAUAUAUUGCACUGCUUGCUGCCUGUGUCCUUUUGAGAAGACGGCUUAUACAGAAACUAUGGUCCGUAGUUGUUUUCCUGUUUGCUUCAAUCCUCAUAUUGGAGUACAUUGCUAUCUGGAAGAACUUAUUACCUUCAGAUCAUGUUCCGAGUGAGACAGGUGUAUAUUGCCAUGACUGCUGGAGAAUUUCAACUCUCUAUUUCAACUUUUGCAGGGACUGUUGGCUUGGAUUGAGAGUUGAUGAUCCGCGGACUCUAAUCAGCUACUGUGGUGUAUUCAUGCUUGCCUGUUUCAAACUUCGCGCUGAUCACAUGUCCAGUUUUUCGGAGUCAUCAACCUACCGUCAGAUGAUGUCUCAACGAAAAAAUUUAUUUGUCUGGAGGGAUCUCUCUUUCGAAACUAAGAGCAUGUGGACCGUGCUUGAUUAUAUAAGGCUUUAUUGUUAUGUCCAUCUGCUGGAUCUUGUGCUUAUUCUGAUUCUAAUCACAGGGACCCUUGAGUAUGACAUUCUGCACCUAGGUUAUCUUGCAUUCGCACUUGUUUUCUUCCGGAUGCGAUCGGAAAUACUAAAGAAGAAAAACAAGAUAUUCAGGUUCUUACGGAUAUACAAUUUUGCUCUCAUUGUCUUUUCCCUUGCAUAUCAGUCUCCGUUUGUUGGGAACUUCAGUGGUGGAAAGUGUGAGACCAUUGAUUACAUAUACGAAGUGAUUGGAUUCUACAAGUAUGACUAUGGAUUUCGAAUCACUGCGAGAUCUGCUCUUGUCGAGAUUAUCAUUUUUAUGCUGGUGUCCCUUCAAUCGUACAUGUUUUCCUCACAAGAGUUUGAUUAUGUCUCACGGUAUCUCGAGGCCGAGCAAAUUGGUGCUAUUGUGCGGGAGCAAGAGAAGAAAGCUGCAUGGAAAACAGAGCAACUGCAACAAAUUCGGGAGGCUGAAGAAAAGAAACGGCAGCGGAACUUGCAAGUCGAGAAGAUGAAAUCUGAAAUGCUGAACCUACAGAUACAGCUUCACAGAAUGAAUUCUGAUGCAAAUUUUGGAAUUUCUUCUCCGCGUGCUGAAGGCCUAAGGAGGAGGCGUGGUCCAUCUCUAAUUCCGGAUAGUGAUCCGGUCAGCCCUGAGAAAGAGGGGAUGCACCAAAGGAAUGAAGAGCAACACAUUGAUGAGGAUUCAGAGUUUCCUUUUAAAGUUCAUGAAUUUCCUAUGGAUACAACUCCAGAUGCACCUGCUUCCCCAAAGUCUCCAGUUGCAGCGUCUCUUUGUGAGAUCACUGAAGUUCAACAUGAUCUUGGUGGCCUGUCUACGGGAUCCAAAAGAGAAGAAAAAUCUCAUGGAAAAGAUAAUCCAUUGAUUUCUGCAGUUCAACUUAUAGGGGAUGGUGUUUCCCAGGUUCAAUCUAUUGGAAAUCAGGCUGUUAAUAACCUUGUGAAUUUCUUGAACAUUUCCCCAGACCACUCAGAUACAAAUGAGCAAUCUUCUGUCGAUGACGAGGUGUAUGAUGAGAUGGAGAGUCAGAGAAGAAAACAUGCACCUUUGGAGCGUUCAGCUUCUUUACAAUCCGACAAGAGUACUGAUGCUACCAGCUUUCAGCUAGGAAGGAUAUUUCGACAUAUAUGGUCGAGGAUGCAGUCUAAUAACGACAUCGUUUGCUACUGCUGCUUCAUUAUUGUCUUUUUGUGGAACUUCAGUCUGCUUUCCAUGGUUUAUCUAGCAGCACUCUUUCUCUAUGCCCUCUGCGUUCACACUGGUCCUAGUCACAUCUUCUGGGUUAUUAUGUUAAUUUACACAGAAUUCUAUAUCUUGGUCCAGUACUUGUACCAAGUUAUAAUCCAGCACUGCGGGCUAAGCAUUGAUUCAGAUCUUCUUCAUGAGUUGGGAUUUCCUACACAUAGAAUAAAAUCAUCUUUUGUUGUCAGCUCAUUGCCUCUUUUCCUCAUCUAUUUAUUUACUCUCAUUCAGAGUGCUAUAACAGUGAAAGAUGGUGAUUGGGUUCCUUCAACAGAUUUUACUUCGCGUUGGAGUACCCGUUAUUACCAGAAGGCUCUUAUAAAAUACAGCUGGAGCCAAAGGAUCGUGGGUGUGUUACAAAAGUUAGGAGACUUUGGGAAGUUGCUUGUAAGAAGCUUCUGCCGAUACUGGAUAUCGUUGACACGAGGAGCAGAAUCUCCUCCUUACUUUGUCCAGGUGACAAUGGAUGUUCACUUGUGGCCUGAAGAUGGAAUUCAGCCUGAAAGAAUUGAAUCUAGGAUGAAUCAAUUGCUUAGACUCGUUCACAAUGAGAGAUGUGAGAAGGAGAACCCAGAUCUUUGCCCCUUCUCAAGUAGGAUACAUGUACAAAGCAUAGAGAGAAGUACAGAAAGCCCAAAUGAGGCAUUGGUUGUUCUUGAGGUUGAGUAUGCUUCUCCGGUGAAUAGGUGUUCUUCAGCAGAAUGGUACAAGUCAUUGACUCCUGCUUCAGAUGUGGCCAAGGAAAUUCGUAGAGCUCAACGUUCUGGACUCGUUGAAGAAACUGGAUUCCCUUACCCUGUCCUCUCUGUCAUUGGCGGAGGAAAGAGAGAAAUAGACCUCUAUGCCUACAUUUUUGGUGCUGAUUUGAUUGUCUUCUUCUUGGCUGCCAUUUUCUACCAGUCUGUCAUAAAAAAUAAAAGCGAAUUUCUUGAUGUUUAUCAGCUUGAAGACCAGUUCCCAAUAGAGUUUGUCAUUAUACUAAUGGUCAUCUUCUUCUUGAUGAUGGUUGAUCGUGUCAUUUAUCUUUGCUCAUUUGCAACGGGAAAAGUUAUCUUCUACCUCUUCAGCCUCAUUCUCUUCACAUAUGCGGUGACAGAAUAUGCAUGGAAAAUAUUCCCUAGCCAGCAACGUGCUGCUGGGUUUGCUCUCCGUGCAAUAUUUCUUGCCAAAGCAGUGUCCUUGGCUCUCCAGGCGAUACAAAUUCGGCAUGGACUACCACAUAAAAGCACCUUGUAUCGGCAGUUUUUGACAAGUGAGGUUUCACAGAUCAAUUACUAUGGCUACAGGCUUUACCGUGCUCUUCCGUUCUUGUAUGAAUUGCGAUGCGUACUUGACUGGUCUUGCACAGCUACAUCCUUGACCAUGUAUGACUGGCUCAAGCUGGAGGACGUAAAUGCAAGUUUGUACCUUGUGAAAUGUGAUGCAGUUCUGUAUAGGGCUAAACACAAACCCGGGGAGAAGCAAACAAAAAUGACCAAAUGUUGCAACGGGAUAUGUCUGUUUUUCAUCUUAAUCUGUGUUAUCUGGGCUCCUAUGCUGAUGUAUAGCAGUGGUAACCCAACAAAUGUUGCCAACCCAAUAAAAGAUGCGAGCGUGCAGAUAGAUAUCAAAACAAUGGGCGGGAAGCUGAGUUUGUACCAGACAACCCUCUGUGAGAAACUAUCAUGGGAUAGGGUUAAUAUCGAUAUAGAUCUCGGCCCACAAGGCUUUCUACCGACCUAUAACAAGAAUGACAUCCAGGUUAUAUGCUGCCAAGCUGACGCCAGCGUCUUAUGGGUCGUGCCUGACACAGUUGUGCACAGAUUCAUUCGCACCCUUGAUUGGGACACAGAUAUGGAUAUCACGUUUUCUUGGGUUCUUAACAGAGACAGACCAAAAGGUAAGGAAAUUGUGAAAUAUGAAAGAAGUGUUGAUCCUCAGGAUCUUCCGAAACGAUCCGAUAUCCAGAUGGUUCUGAACGGUUCUAUGGAUGGAUUUAGAGUAUAUAAUCUGUAUCCAAAAUACUUCCGUGUUACUGGUUCUGGAGAUGUCAGGCCUUUUGAAGACCAGAAGGAUGAAGUCAGUGCAGAACUUGUCAUGAAUCAUGCAGAUUUCAAGUGGUGGUCAUUCCACGAUAUCCACCCAUCCAAUAUUAGUGCAUGCGAAGGUAUGGGCGGACCAGUGGCCAUCAUAAUGUCCGAGGAAACACCCCCACAGGGUAUUCUGGGAGACACACUCAGCAAAUUCAGCAUUUGGGGACUCUACAUAACAUUUGUGCUUGCAGUUGGGCGUUUCAUCAGGCUUCAGUGCUCUGACCUUCGGAUGAGAAUACCUUAUGAGAACCUUCCUUCAUGUGACAGAUUGAUAGCAAUGUGCGAAGACAUAUAUGCAGCGAGAGCAGAGGGUGAGCUUGGAGUUGAAGAAGUCCUUUACUGGGCGCUCGUGAAGAUAUACAGAUCUCCGCACAUGCUGUUGGAAUAUACAAAGCCUGACUAGUAGACAUAACACGCAGAGUCAGUCUGGUGUAAUUUGCGGGGAAACUCCGGAUCUCUGAGACAGGACAGGUUAUGGCUGGUGUUACAUGAUCUAUAAACCCAUUUGAAAAGAGCUCAAUAUCCCUUUGGCUCACACGGGAGGGCAGACAACAAGUUAGAUAGACCUUAAAAGAGGACAGUUUUGUCCGGUGUCUGAUGUAAAUAGACGAGUGUGAUUUACAGAAAACAUGUCCUAAAGGGUUGUGUAUUUAUAUAUAACGAAACGAGAGAAAGAACAUCGACAUUUACUUGGAAAAUCAUACUCCUGCCAAAGCAAUCAUCUUACAGUUCACGGA